AUGGCAGAAAAACAAAUAGUGCGCCAGGGACCUGCUGUGCUCCAGCAAAGGCUGGAGCAGAUGGAAAGUAGUAUUCAGGCCGUGCACAUGAUGCUGCAGGAGUUGCAGCAACAGCGGCAGCAACCGCAGCAACAGAUUGACCGCUUAGAACAAGCGGUCAAUCUGCUGUUACAACGGCAAAUGCCGCAACAGGAGCAACCACAGCAGGAGCAGCCGCUGCAGGAGCAGCCGCUGCAAGAGCAACCGCUGCAGGAGCAACCGCUGCAGGAGCAAUCCCAGCAGCAAUUGCAACAGCAGCAAAAUAAUAUCCGUCGAAACGGACCAGGGCAUGGGCGUUCCCGCGCCCGCUGGUACCGCCAACGCGGAAUCCUCGGCGGCAGAGGCGGGAGAGGCAGAGGCGGGAGAGGAGAGGCGGAAUCCUCGGCGGCAGAGGCGGGAGAGGCAGAGGCAGGAGAGGAAGGGAUGGACAAAGAAGAGGAAGGGGUGUAG